AUGACGACCACAACUAUAACUACAACUUCAAUUCCAACUGAAGAAGAAUUAAAAACGAUCAUUGAAUCUCAGCAGCAAAAGAUUAAAAAUCUAGAACACUUGUUAGAUGCUGAAGAUCGUAUCUAUUACUCUCAACUGAGUCAAUAUUCAAGUUUUCAAGCUUCUCUUGAUUGUAUUCAGCUGGUGAUUUCUCAUAUCAAUAUGGAUAAUACUGAUUAUAGAUCCACUAUUAAGGAAUUAAGCACUCAACCUCCACCAGAAUAUAUGGAACAAUGUUUGCCAUUCCAAGCUUUAAUAAAUAAAACACUUGCCCAAAUUGAAAAUGAUUUAAAAAGUUUAACUUUAACUGAUUCAAAAUAUUCUCAAAAGCUUUCAACAUUAAUAAAGCAAGGUCAACCUCCUCCAAAGAGUAAUUGGGUUGUUCGAAGUGGAUACAAAUUAAAAUCAAGUGUUUCAACUAUAAUUAAUUCACUUCAUACUAUCUCGACAUGA